AUUUAAAUGAAUCAGAAUCAGACAGCAGCAUCUCAUGAGAAUUUAAACCCUCUGUUCCAGUUCUUGGAAGAUAAGAAUGAGAGAAUCAAGAUGUAUAAAGGAGCUAAAAAUGAAGCUAUUUAUGAUCAUUUCCUUAAACUUAAUCAUGAUUUCUGCACUUUACAGCAAUUCUCAGAUGAAAAAGUUCAUAAUUUCAUGACUGUCAUGGAUAAAGCACUGCACAAGCUCAUCAGAGGAGACUUAGUGAUUGGAAGCUUGAAGCCAGAAAACGAUAUGCAAAAUUACUUUACUACAGAAUUUGAGAAUAAAUCUCUUCAAAGGCCACCUUUCUCAGUGAGCAUUUUUGAUUCAGAGGACUUUAUAAAGAUCAAAAAGUUCCUCUAUGAAGAGUUCUUCCCAGUAUGCUCCCUCUUUGAGUACUCUCUAAAGCCUAGAAAGGAGCUACAUCUGCGAUGUGAAAACAUCGUCCCUGAUUUACCACGUGAGCAAUCUCUCAUGAGCAUGAAACAGGUAGAAGACCCCAAAGAAGUACCCCAUCUCAAGGAGUAUUUUGAAGAGCCUAUAGCCAAGGAAACUCCUGAAGCUGAGGGAGAAGGAGAACCAGAGGAUCAUAAAGAUGAACAGCAAAAUGAAGAAACUGUAGAGAAUAACCAACCUAAUAGAAAUAUCUCACUUGAGAAAGUCAUCUUGAAUGAAAAGAAGAGGAUUGACAAGUUCGUGGAAAAGAAACUCAAAAUUAAAAGAAGCAAGCCGGACCAGGAAGAACUGUAGUUGU